AUGCCGGACACUUCAACUCUUGCCGCAGCAGACUUCGACAUCGACGUCAGAUCGGGCUUUUUGCCACCCGAGGCACCCCUUUCGCGCCUCUCGGAUGUAUACGAAGAGUGGGAGUCCAAGCUAGAGGGAGCGGCACACGCGGGCCUCAGUCUCUAUGGCGGCGGUCCGACAACCAACUUUCAUCGCCGUGCGAGCGCAAGGAGGUGGAGGAGGUCAAUCCGUGAAAUGCCAAUCUUGCCUCUCCAGGGAGUGGUGCUGGCCGACAUUCGACACGCAAGGCGCGCUCAUCUCGUCCUCUCCUUCCUCGCGCACUUUUAUUUGCACAGCCAGCCAGAGCCGACGGAGGACUCUCUCGCACCACUUGCGCAAGGCUGGAACGAGGCAAAGGACGGCAAGGGAAAAGGCAGGGAGCACGACGUCUCUCUAGAAGCCGCAGAUGACGCGGCAGACGCAGCACAAGAGGCUGCUGGCAUAUACGCCGCCACAGUUCCUGCUUCCCUUGCAGUACCAUGGACAGGCUUGUCGCGCCAUCUGGACUUGCCGCCCAUUCUGACUUAUGCGACAACUGUGCUCUGGAACUGGCAAUACAAGGAUCCUGCGCGUGGUCUUGCCCUUGACAACGUCAAAAUUCGCAAUACGUUCAGCGGCACCGCAUCAGAAGAGCACUUCUAUCUCAUCUCGCUGCUCAUUGAGCUGCGAGGGGUUGAAGCUUUGGAACUGAUGCGCAUAUCUCUCGACGAAGCAUUCGUUGCCGAUCAUCUCGCCCGACGACGUAUCGCGCACUACCUGAGUCGGCUAGUCGCCGUUGUCCAUGACCUUACGACCCUUCUCGCCAAGAUGAAAGAAGCCUGCGAUCCCGUCACCUUUUACUGGGGCAUCCGGCCCUGGUUUAGAGGGGGAGAUUCUGCACCCCGUGGAGGUCAAGGGUGGAUCUACGAAGGCGUGGAUGAGCCGGGUCAGAAAAGGCUGCUCAACGGACCGAGCGCAGGUCAAUCCUCUCUCAUCCACGCCCUCGACGUCUUCCUCGACGUCGACCACACACGUCUCAAGCCUCGCGGAGCUGCGCACAGCGCCAGACAACAGCCUGACGUGGCGCACGCGCUGAGUGAGAGGGACGCUGGCAUAAAAGAAAACGCAACCUUUAUGGAGAAGAUGCAGAUGUACAUGCCUGGACCUCAUCGCGCAUUCCUGACGCACCUCCGCAAUCUCUCGUUCGACGAUGAUCAUGAGACUUUCUGCCGUUUGAAUGGGCUUGAGGGUGCCUCACCGUCGACGAGCCCGCCAAGCGACAGUGCUUCAUCGUCAUCGGACGAUAUGGACGUGGAUAAUGUGCCACCGCCUCCGUCGCACCCCAUCCGUUCUUUGGCGAUUGCCAAGGAGGUCUCAGGCAAGCCGUUUCAAGACGAUCUCGCAAGCGCGUACGACGCUGCUCUGAUCUCGUUGAGGGUUCUACGGGACGAGCAUAUGCGCAUCGCAGCGCUUUACAUUAUCAGCCAAGCCCGCAAACAGCCCCCGCCCGAGUAUGCUCCUUUGCCGAAGAAUUUCACGGGGCGCGCAGAGGUCGAAAGGGUUGCCGGCGCGCAGCAGAGCGACGCCAAGGAAGCCCCCGGCGCACCCAAGGGCACGGGAGGCACGGAUCUCGUCUCAUUCCUCAAGGCUUGCCGCUCCAACACCACGGACGCUCUCCUCGGCCCUCUACGAUAG